CGCUAAGUUCCCGCCAUCCAACCGAAUCCCGUUUCUCCACUAUUUUAAUUGUUUUGUCGCUUCCCUUGGCGACUAGAAAUGCUUUAAAUCCAUUCCCCUCCGCCCUCCCCCUACCUUUACUUCCAUGGCUCGCCGAAUCGUAAACCCUAGAAAUCGUCGGCCCCGGCGGCGGAGAAGGCAGGAGGAAACCCUCGAUUUCUUGGACGCCGAUGAUCGCGUCUCCACCUCGGAUUCCGAAUACGUUCUUGACGAGGAAGAAGAUGGGUUUGAUGAGAGUGACCAGGAUGCGUCUGCGUUGGCACUGGGCAUGAUGCUGUCUCUGCAAGGUAUCGACACCGCUGGCGGCGGCCACGGCCGAGAGGAACCUGUUCGGCCGAGAAAUGACAGUCGUAGGAGGGAUAGAAGUGCCGCUUUGCUUUUGUGGCAGAUCUGGGAAAGGGAGAAUGAGAAAUGGAUCGAUGAGUUUGAGCAGAAGGGCCAGGAUAAACUUGGUUUUGAACCGAUUGGAUUAGUUGAGACUGCCGAACCGUCGCCUGACGUCAUACUCCCCCUCCUCAGGUUCCAAAAGGAGUGGCUUGCUUGGGCUCUUAAGCAGGAGAAUUCGGACAUUAAGGGGGGGAUUCUUGCUGAUGAGAUGGGCAUGGGAAAGACCAUACAGGCUAUUUCCCUUGUCCUCACCGCUCGCGCCCUCCACUCAAGGAGCACUGGUUCUGGCCUGGACUUGAACUUGCCACCUCCCUGUUCAUCAUAUUCGCUACCAGAGAUCAAAUGCACCCUGGUCAUUUGCCCAGUGGUUGCAGUCAUCCAGUGGGUGGGUGAGAUCGACAGGUACACGGAAAAGGGGAGCACCAGGGUUUUGGUCUAUCAUGGGGCAAAGAGGGAUAAGAUUAACUCUAACUUUGAUGACUAUGAUUUUGUAAUUACCACAUACUCGACGAUUGAGUGUGAAUUUAGGAAGUACAUGAUGCCGCCAAAGGUGGCAUGCCAGUGGUGCUCUAAGAUGUUGUACCCUAACAAGCUGCGGAUACACUUGAAGUAUUACUGUGGGCCUGAUGCUUCUAAGACGGAAAAACAAUCAAAACAAGUGAGCAAGAAGAAGAUUGAAAAAUUGAAAGGGAAGAGAAAGGGAUUUGAAAAGACCAAGAAACAGGAUGAAUUAGCUGACAAGCUCAUGAACCCAUCACCGGGAAAGUCAAUCUUGCAUUCUGUGAAAUGGGAACGAAUUAUUCUGGAUGAGGCUCAUUUCAUAAAAGAUAGGCGCUCCAAUACUGCUAAGGCUGUUUUUGCUUUAAAAUCAUUCUACAAGUGGGCUCUAAGUGGCACUCCUUUGCAAAAUCGAGUUGGAGAGCUUUACUCGCUGGUUCGGUUUUUGCAAAUCUGGCCCUACUCAUUUUACCUCUGCAAAGACUGUAAUUGUAAGGUACUAGAUUAUGGUUCUGGGAAAAUUUGCACCAGUUGUCCUCAUGCUAAAGUAAGGCACUUUUGCUGGUGGAAUAAAUUUAUCGCAAGUCCAAUACAAAAAACAUCAAUAUAUAAUGAUGGCAGAAGAGCCAUGAUCUUGCUAAAGGAAAGAAUUCUGAAAACCAUAGUGUUGAGGCGUACCAAAGAAGGCAGAGCUGCAGAUCUUGCUCUUCCACCGAGAAUUGUUUAUUUGAGGCGGGAUUCUCUGGAUAGAAAUGAAGAGGAGUUCUAUGAAGCAUUAUAUACCCAAAGCCGUGUGCAAUUUGAUGCAUAUGCUGCAGCUGGAACAUUGAUGAAUAAUUAUGCCCACAUCUUUGAUCUGCUUACACGGUUGCGACAGGCAGUUGACCAUCCAUAUCUUGUACUAUAUUCUAAGACUGCAGAAGUAGCUAAUGCAAGCAAGGAUGAUACUGAGAAACAAGAGUGUGGAAUUUGUCAUGACCCUCCAGAGGAUAUGGUGGUUACUUCUUGUGAGCAUGUCUUUUGUAAGGCUUGUUUGAUUGACUACUCUGCAUCCUUGGAGAAUGUAACAUGUCCAUCAUGUUCAAGGCCUCUUACUGUAGAUUUAACAACAAAAAACCUUGGGGGACGGAUCACAGCAACAGCUGUCAAGGGCCAUAAAUCAGGCAUAUUGAACAGGCUUCAUGAUAUUGAAGCCUUCCGUACGAGUACAAAAAUUGAUGCAUUGAAGGAAGAGAUAAGAGACAUGGUUGAAUGUGAUGGUUCUGCAAAAGGAAUUGUGUUUAGUCAGUUUACAUCAUUUUUAGAUUUGAUAUGUUUCUCCCUCCAGAAGGCUGGUAUCAAAUGUGUUCAAUUAGUUGGAAACAUGAGUCUUGUUGAGAGGGAUAAAGCAAUUAAGGCUUUCAGCGAAGAUGGAGAUUGCAAGAUAUUCUUGAUGAGCUUGAAAGCUGGAGGUGUAGCCCUCAAUCUGACGGUUGCAUCACAUGUUUUCUUGAUGGACCCUUGGUGGAAUCCAGCUGUUGAAUGCCAAGCUCAAGAUCGAAUUCACAGAAUUGGCCAAUAUAAGCCUAUCAGAAUUGUCCGAUUUGUGAUCGAGGACACAAUCGAGGAACGCAUACUGAAGCUGCAAGAGAAGAAGGAACUUGUGUUUCAAGGGACGAUCGGACACUGUUCGGAGGCCAUCACAAAAUUAACAGAAGAGGACCUGCGGUUUUUGUUCCAGGUCUAAAAUUUUUCUCAAUCCAGACGUGAAAAGAAAAGUUAUUGGACAUGCAUAGGUUGCUUCGAAAUUGUAUGUGGUUGACUGGCACUAGUCUUCUUGGGAAUUCUUUAUGAAAAAUGUAUAAAAAUCUGAAUUAUCAAGAUCAAUUUAGCCAUAGAAGUUAACAAGAACUUGCAAUCACAUGGCUUUUAGUGUUUUCA